AUGUCCCAUUCCCCUGCUUAUUACCAGGAGAAUGGCCAGCUCGUAACAACAUACCUCCAUGAUGGACAACAACCGAUCACAAUACCAGCGACACAUCAUCCGUCCGAAUCGUCUUCUCUUCGUCACUCACAGCAACAGAAGAGCGCUGUCAGUGUAACCCCUUCGGAUCUGAACUCCGUCGGUCACGUCGACUCGCACGAUCUCCUCCGGCACGAGCAACAACCACAGAAAGGCGGCAACUACAACAGUCAGCUGCCCGUUGGCUUCGUCUAUCCAAUUUCUGAGCAGCUAGUGGUGGCCCCGGUGACGUUCGUCUCCUCUUCUUCCGUUGAGAACGCUCCCAUAUUGACUCGGACUUCCAAUAGUAACGGGGUUGUGCGCAAAGAGGACCGUGUUCGUGGCAGCUGGACUGAUCACUCAUCGUAUAUGUCUGGCGAUCCCUAUCAACACAGUGCGCCCCGCAUUCACAAGCGAGCCAUCCCCGAGGAUGAUGCUCCUGCGAAUGAUAGCCAGGAUGCACUGUCGCUAUUGUUCCGAUUAUCCCUUUUGGUCCCUAUCUUCUCCCUGUGUACCUCCCUCUAUACCCUCUUCGGCCUGUUCUUCGUCGUCCUCGUAUCCCCCCUUCGCCUUUGCUCCUUCGUUCCCUACCUCCGAUCGACAUCGUUUCGCGCUCAACUCUGCGACCUUCUAGUACCUCAGCUGCAUAUCCAUGAACGAUUAGUCUACUUGCGAGGGUCAACAGGUUCUCAUUCGUCUUCGACUCAAUGGAUAUAUGAUGAUCCAGAGGGCUCAACAUCUGCGGAGGCGAUGGAAUGUUAUUCUGUGGGUGGAUUAUUAAUGGUCCUCCUGGUAUCUUCCUUGCUAUCCAUCGCCUUCCUCCUUCUUGUUUGGACUGCUGCUUUCUUCUGGGUUUUCGCCAUGAUUCUUGGCAAUCCCGAUGGCACUGAACGCAAAGACGAUGGUCGUGCGGCCGUUCUAGGCGUCGUUCGAUGGUGGCAGCUAUGGCUCGGCAAAGCGCGCAAAUCCUUAAAUUGA